AUGGAAAUAAUACGAAUGCCCGUCGAGCUGUUGAAUGAGAUCUUCAUGAAGCUGCGCGCUGACGGUCUCCUGAACUUGCUUCCGGUUGCGCUGGUGUCACGCCAUUUCUACAGAAUAGUGACACCGCUGACCUAUCAGACUAUCUAUAUUGACAUCUCUGGCUGUACCUACCCUCACCCCCACGCGGAGGACCACACGCCUACCAAACGGCCUCUCAGCACGCUUAUCUCACGGCUCUCUGCUGGACCCGCGGUCCUUGCUUUGGAUCAUCUUUCCGCUCUCAGCCAGAUCCCACAACUAGCAGCAAUUACACUACAUACUCAGAAACCCCAAGGUUAUGAAAAACACAAGUCUUCCCUAGCGGCGGUCGAACAUGCGUUUCGUCAUGUGGUCGAACAUGGUGGUAAUGAGCAGAAUCUCAGAUCCCUCAUACUUUACGACGGCCCGCAAACUUCGGAUUGGGACAAUCCAUGGGGCUUAGUGGAGCGCUCAAGCCGAGCUUUCAAAGCGACAAGGGGUACACUUGGAGGAAACCUGGAUCAGAACAUUUGUGCGAAGCAGAUACAGGGCCCUUCAGAAACCGAUCACGAACGAUAUCAUCGCCAGCAAGAACGCGUGGAAGCUGAGAAAAAGACCAGAGACUAUUUGGACGCCAUGCCACCAGCAGUCCUCUCCCAGAUGAUCGACAAUAAUAGACGCCAGAUACGAGGCACGACUUCAGACAUCCAGGAGCAAAUGUAUGAGAUCCAAACAGGGGGUUGGAAUCCUAGGCUCGCGGAGUAUGAAGAGCGGUGGAAGAAUUCCAGCGAGAUUUUGCCCAUGCUGGAAUGGCAGUUGCAAACGCGCAAAAAGCAAGGAUGGAAGUUGUGGGAUAUGCCACUCAUGAGAUCGGAUGCUGGGAGCGAAGGUUUUCUGUACGACAGGAUGAUAGAGGCUAGUGCAGAACCUUAG